GGAGGAAGAGGAAGGAGGAGCGAGCAGAGCCUUUCUGCUUUCAGUCUCUCGCCAGCGUGUGCCAGAGCAGUCUCCUUUGCUGUACUUCUCUGAGAAGCACACACACCGGAACACUCUUCAUUGCUGGUUGGGGGAGAGUGCUGAAUCCUCUCCUCUUUACCUGGAUCAUGCUGCCCUGGAAAAGGAGUAAGUUCGUGCUGGUGGAGAAUGAGUCCAAAAGCAAGCCGAAAAGUCUUGGAGUCGGACUGACUUAUCAUUCCCUGCUUUCGACUUUGCUCCACUCCUGUCCGGACCUUGUUCCCGACUGCCCGCUUCAAUGGCUAGGGAGUGUUUUCCACAGCAGACGGCAGAAAGUGGUGCUCAACAAAGAGGAACCCACCUACAGCGUGCGUUACCUGGGCAGCACAGUCACCAUCAUGGCUAAAGGUGAGGAUUGCAUGCAGGAGGCGGUGGCUAAGAUUUGGACUCGCAGCAACUACGGCGAACAGAGCGCCAAGAUGAAGCUUACCGUCGGGCCACACGGAAUUCGCAUGGGGGUGGAUAAAGGUGGCAAAAAGAAGCCCGUCCACCUUUUUUCCCUCAACCGUAUCACAUACUACAGUGCUGACCCCUUCCGGCCAAAGAUCUUUGCUUGGAUUUACAGGCAUCAGGUGAAGAAUAAAGUGGUGGUUCUACGAUGCCACGCCGUCCUGCUGGUGAAGGCAGAAAAAGCCCGAGCGUUAGCUCUCAGCCUGUACCAAAACUCAACAUCGGCAUUUACAGAGUUCAAACGACUAAAGCGCCAGGCCGACUUCCGUCAUUGCCAGCAGCAGCUGUUGGGCGAGGACAUUGUGCCUCUUAUGCCUCUUCGGAGACUCCUGAAUGGCCAAUGCCACUACCAGCCACCUGCAGAAAAGCCUGGAAGCGCCACGCGGCUCUCCUCGAUUACUGAGGAAGAGGAGGAGGAUGAGGAUGGAGAAAACGCCGGAACUCCCAGUCCUUCUCCUCCAGAGAAAGAUCUAGGGAAGAUCGUAAUAAGACUGGAUGAGGUUUCGAUUACCAGCUGGGAUGAAGCACAGAUGACUAUCAGCACUCUGGUGUGAUGCUGAAUGGAUACAGUUUAGUGUCUUCACCACUGAGCCUCUGUUUUGUCGCCUUUCCCGCCAACCCACUCUGUCUGGUACAUCCAUCGAUGCACCGUGAAAUAGCCCUCCGAAACUCGGGAUAAGGUCAAUUGGCAGCCUGCAGAGGAAGCGUUACACGAGCUGCAUGGAGAGGAAGAGCCAGUAGAAGCACACUGUAAGGAAGACCACAUGUACAGCAAUCAUCCAGAGUUUGUUGAGAGCUUACACCGAAAAGCCUUUAUCUACCCCCAACAUCGAGCAAAGCUUAAACCGAACACCCAAAGACAGUAAAGCAUUCAUCUCGUACUCGUGGCACCCAGUGAUUUUAUGAGUACAUGCCAAGUCCUUUAGACUGAUGGACUAUGAGAAAGAACCUAGAAAUAUGACUUUUUGUCUGACCAGACACUCUUUUGAUGUUUAAAACUGUCCCCGGGUGACCUCUUUCAACUGGCUCAGCUUCAAUGGGAUGCGGUUAAAGCCGGUUUAUUGGCACUGGAAGCAGCACUAAUGAAUUAAACCAUAACUUAGGAAUCGAGCCAUUGACUUGACAUGUUUACUGCUAGCAUUCGGCAUAGCUCUGCUAAUCAGUAAUGCAUAACAAGGCUCAUGCAAACAACCUGUGACGUUUGAGAUGGGCCUUUUAAAACAUUUAUAAAUGGUAUCUAUUUAACACUGUGAUUUGUCUGGGACCAAAAGGCAGCAAUGUAUCUUGUAUAAAAAAAAAAAAAAAAAAGCUAUUGUAAUUUAUGCUGAAUAUGUGUUGGUGUAAUGUGGUCAUUGUAAAAAAAAUCUUUUUUAUGGCAUUCACGUGAAGGUCGUAGCUCUCAUCUAUCAACUCUGGCACGUGUUUUUGUAAUUUCAGCUCAUUGUAUUAAUCUUCUGGAAACUGAUUGGGGAAAAUUAUGAUUUUUUUUCUACUACUUUCAUCUUUUUCUGCACAAUGGGACACUGUCAGUGUGAAAAACUGCCAAAUGUUGUAUAAUAAAAUGUUUGCUUACAUAAAUUAUAAAUUACAAUUUUUAGAGCCCCAGCUUUCCAUUUAUUUAAUCCCAGAAUGACUGGAUUGAGUGUAUUUUAAAAUGCAGACUGAUGAUUUUCAGGCUGUAUUUCAAAAGAUCAUAAUUCCUAGCAAAAAAAAAAAAAUGGUUUAAAGUAAAAAAAAGGCCAUUGACAGCCUGUGAGUGGGCUGAGGAAGGAGCUGAUUUCAUCUGAACAGCAUUUAUGUUUUCCGUCAAAGUGAGGCUAUUAAUCAGCUGAUUGAACUGUACAGGAAGUGAGCAUAAAACACCUGGACAGGAAGCACAGAGCUUUCAGCUUGACAUUAAAUCAGCCAGAAGAGACUUCAACAGCCUCUCAGACUCAGAGCAUUGUUGAUUACAACAGACAAAAAGACAAGCACAUUAAUACGCACAAUACCAUAAGAUCGGCAUCAAAUUAACCACAACAAUGAUCUCCUUUCUGAAGUGUAGUUUAAAUGGUUUCAUUAGUGGUGCUUACUAGGACAGACAUCACUAUUGCUAUUGCUUUUACUUAGGGUUAGCUAACGGAUGCUUUUGUGCUACAUGGAUAACUUAUACCUCAAAUUGUGCAGGAGAGAUAAGCUUAGUGAUCAUAAGGGCAAUUUUUCAGAAGAUUCCCAUAGAGACUUACAUUAAAGGAGGCAAUAAAGCCAUAUCUAGAUAUAUGUUUAAUUGAUGUUGUAUGACAGAGUGAAAAGAAGUAUUAAAAAAGAUAGUGUUUUGUUAAUCAUGGUUUUGGUCUCAGAUUUUUUUG